UUGUCGCGGCCGCCAUGUUGCUGAAUGAAAUUAGCUUCAAAACAUUGAAUAUCCGCUAGCUAUAUCGAUAUUUUAUUUUUUCGCGGAAUAACCUUUGUUACAGCAUGUGACUUAUUGUAAAUAUGACUUAGGAUUUAUGAAACUACCACAGAAGCCCCAUUCCCUAUUAUUGUGCUUAGACAUAGUAACAGUGUCACGCAAUGCACCAUGGAAGUGGAUCACAGAAUAUGCAACGACAGCUUCAGAGAUCCAAGUCUGUCAGUGGGUCGGAGGCAGAGGAUCAGCAGCCCUCCAUGGCAGUCACACAGCAGCAAGCUACAGUUAACCACCCUCAAUCUCCUGUGACCACAUUCUCCUCUGCUGCCAGCCCUUCAGCCCCCCAGUCACCUAAUUAUCAGAUAAUCAUGAGUCGUAGCCCAGUCACUGGCCAGAACAUGAACAUCACAUUACAAAAUGUGGGACAAAUGGUGACUGGUAACCAGCAGAUCACCCUAACCCCACUUCCCAUCCAGAACCCAGCCUCCCCUGGCUUCCAGCAUACUACACCUCAGUGGAGGUUUGAGCAUGCUCCAUCCUCCUAUAUCCAGGUCACCUCACCUGUGCCCCAGCCCAUGCAACCCCAGAGCCCCACCCAGCACAGCCCAGUCCCUCUGCAAGGUGUGACAAGGCCUGGAGCACCUGCAACAGCAUUGGGUGUGUGUGGACAGAGUCCCACACGAUUUGUUGAAGCUAGUAUGUUAGUUCGGCAAAUCAGUUUAGGCAGCCCAUCGGGAAGUGGCCACUUUGUUUACCAGGAAGGAACAGGGCUGGCCCAGAUUGCCCCUGCCACACCUGGCCAGGUACAGCUGGCCUCUCCAGGAGCCCCAGGUUCUGUGAGGGAACGCAGGCUCUCUCAGCCUCACUCACAGACCGGAGGCACCAUCCACCACCUCGGACCUCAAAGUCCUGUGGCCACUGGUGCUGCUCUACCAACUCUGGGCAGUCCUGGUCACAUCACUACUUCCAACCUACCUCCACAGAUCAGCAGUAUAAUUCAAGGACAACUGGCACGCCCUAUGAUAUUUGAGAAGACGUCGCAGGGUGUGGUUACUGGAGUAGGAACCACAGCCACACCUUCAUUCAGCAUACCCUCCUCCAUUCCACCCUCCAGCCCAUCCCUCACCAGUCCCCCCCAAGGAAUCCCCAACAAUCCCCUUGCACCCACCAGCAUGGCUGUGGCCACUAUGAAAAAGCAGGCUCCCAAGAAGUUAGAGGAAAUUGCUCCUUCUACUCCUGAGAUUGCCCAGCUGAGAAAACAGUGCUUAGAGCACCACACCAAGAAGAUGGAGAGCCUGAAAGAAGUGUUCAAAGAAUACCUGAUUGAGCUUUUCUUUCUGCAGCACCUACAAGGGAACAUGAUGGACUAUGUAGCUUUCAAGAAAAAGCCCUGUGUUCCCUUGUAUACUUACUUGAGACAGAAUGACUUGGACCUUGAAGAUGAAGAUGAUGAAGAAGAACAGUCUGAGGUCAUUAAUGAUGAGGUAAAGGUUGUUACUGGAAAGGAUGGCCAAGCAGUGACACCAGUUGCCAUAGCAACACAGCUUCCGCCGAAUGUUUCUGCAGCUUUCUCUGUUCAGCAGCAGUUUCAGGGACACCAAGGAACUUCUGCUGGCACCAUGACAAACCCUGGAGACAUGGAUGCCUUUAAGAGGCAACAGGCCAUGGUGCAAGCAGAUCAGGCUAAGAGGUCCCGGAUUGACGUUGGUCGCCAUGGGCUAAUUUUCCAGCAUCCUGGUGUACCUCCUUUAGGAUCACCUGGCGUUCCACUCCAGCAGCUUAUGCCAACUGCGCAAGGCGGGAUGCCGCCUACUCCUCAAGCGGUCCAGAUUGCAGGACAGAAGCAGAACCAGCAACAAUACGACCCAUCCAAAGGACCUCCAGUGCAGAAUGCAGCCAGCUUGCACACCCCUCCACCCCAGCUGCCUGGCAGACUGGCCCAAGGUGCCCUCCCUAUGGCAGGCCUGUCCAUGACACUCUCUCAGCAGGCUCAGCUAGUGGAAAACACAGCUCAGCCUGGUGGUCAGCUCCAGGCACAGGUGAAGGUGCAGGCAGGUGGGCCUGUCCUGGCCACAGUAAACCCCCACACACAGCUCCAGGCUCAGCUGCAGCAACAGAUGCAGUCAGGUCUUCAUCUCCAGUUGCAGCCCCAGCAGCAACAAUCCCAGACUAUACUACAGUCAGGACAAGCGACGGUGGCACUUGCUCGCCCGGGUACAGAAUCAAACCAAACAGUUCAGAGGAUUAUGACCAACUCAAUAUCCAUGACCUCCAUGUCUGCUGCGCCCCUUUCUGCUCCCAAUGCUGUUCCAACCCCCCAUACUGCAACUCCACUCCGCCCUCUUGGCUCCAACAUCAACCCAAGCACCCAGUCCAAACUGACUGGAACCAAUGGCAUAUCCGCAGUCAAAAUUGGUGGCUUUGGUCAAAGUGCAACCAUGCAGUCCUCACAGGAGGGUUCUCAAGAUAAGCAAGUUGAGCAGGCGAAACUGGAGAAUCAAGUGCAUCAGCGCAUCUCUGAGCUAAGAAAGGAGGGCCAAUGGACAGCCAGUAGGCUCCCCAAGCUUGUUGAAGCCUCACGUCCAAAGUCCCACUGGGACUACCUCCUGGAGGAGAUGCAGUGGAUGGCAGCCGACUUUGCCCAGGAGAGGAGAUGGAAAGAGGCUGCUGCUAAGAAGCUUGUUCGCACAUGUGCCCGUUACCAUCAAGAGCAGAAGAAAAGUGAGGAGAGGUCAAAGAAGGAAAGGGAAAUUCAUCUUCGUCAUAUUGCCAGCACAAUUGCCCGAGAGGUGGAAUUCUUCUGGUCAAACAUUGAGCAGGUUGUGGAAAUUAAACUGCAGUGUGAAAUUUAUGAGAAGAGGCUCAAAGCACUCAGCUUACAAAAGGCCUCAGCCAAAGUACCUGGUCAGUCAACAGGAGUGAAAGCUGAUAAAGAGGAGGCGGCAACUUCAGCUAGAAAAAGGAAAUCAAGUUCGUCCUUGGCUGAUGAGCAUGAUGAAGAGAGCACCAUAGAGGAACAGGAGGCCAUGGAGGGGGAAGCAGACCACAAAGCAGAGCUGGUUGACCUCGCCAAAGAUGCUGAGAUGCCUCUUGAUGCUUUGAAGAAGCAGUAUGCUGGUGCCUACGUUGACGGCUUUGAGUGGCCCCAGCCUAGUCCCCAUAGUGACGAGGAUGACAUGGAAGAGACUGGAGAAAUAGAGUGUCCUGCAGGCAGUCCACCCGAGGCAGUGUUGAUUGAUUCCCUGCUCAGUGUGGACCAGUACCGAGGUGUUGAUAAAGCCGCUUCCUCUGACUCUGAUGGGAAGCCUGCCAGAGACAUAGCUGAAGUGGCUGCUGCCACAGAGCUCAUCCUGCCCAAGGGCAGCUUCAGGACCACUUCCUCAACCCGCAACCCAGCUCCUUUUCUACUGCAUGGGUCACUGCGAGAGUAUCAGCAAAUUGGUGUGGACUGGCUCGUAAACCUUCACAAGAAACACCUAAAUGGCAUCCUUGCUGAUGAGACAGGCCUUGGCAAGACCGUUCAGACAGUGGCUUACAUGGCCCAAUUGGCCAGUCAAGAGGGCAUUUGGGGACCCCACCUUAUUGUAGUAAGGACGUGCAAGUUGCUAAAUUGGGAGGUAGAGUUCAAACGCUGGUGUCCUGGCCUUAAGAUCCUCCUGUACCUUGGCAACAGAAGGGAACGCAGAUCAAAGAGAAUGUGGUGGGGGGAAGCCAACAGCUUCCACGUAUGUUUGACGUCCUACAAGCUGCUGAUGAAAGACCAGAGCCAUUUUCUGAGGAGAAGGUGGAGACACCUGGUCCUGGACGAGGUGCAGCUCAUCAAAAACAUGACUGAGAAACACUGGGAAACAGUCUUUGCUCUCAAAAGUGAGCAGAGGAUCCUCCUCAUCAAUACUCCCCUACAGAAUACUCUAAAGGAGUUGUGGACCAUGAUUCACUUCCUCUUGCCAGGAAUCACCAGGUCCUACUCUGACUUCCCUGUUAAGGCAGGCACAGACCAGAACCAGGACUACUGCCACAAACUGGUCAUUCGUCUGCACAGGAUGAUCCAGCCUUUCAUCCUGAGGCGCUCUAAAAGGGACGUGGAGAAACAGCUGCCUAAGAAGUACGAGCAUAUCCUAAAGUGUCGUCUAUCCACCAGACAGAAGAGCCUUUAUGAGGACAUCCUCACUCGACCAGGAGCUCAGGAGGCUCUGAAGACAGGUCAUUUUGUCAGCGUGCUUCAGGUCUUGAUGCAGUUACAGCGAGUGUGUAACCACCCUGAGCUGGUGGCACCCAGGGAGAGCAGCAGCUCCUACUUUGGCUCUUCUCUGCCAUACAACGUGCCAUCACUGGUGCUGGGAGCUCUUCAGAAUGACUUGAGCAAGAUUGCAGACAUGUCCAUAUUUGAUCUGAUCAAUAACGAGAACAGACUGACUCGGUAUCAGACUGAAGAGACAGUACCCAAACUAAAGGUCACUCAGCAGCUCAUAGAGGAGAUCCAUGCUGGCCCAGAUCCACCUGCACGACCCAAGCCAUGUCCGAUAAAACCCAUGAGAUUGUUCCAGCCAGUGCAGUAUGGGACAAAGCCAGAAGGUCGCCUGGCUGCCAUCACAAGUGCACCAGGCCAGCGUCCUCCAACGAGCUCUCCCACUACUAGCACCUCUGCCUCCAGCACCACCCAGGCAGCCCAGGCCAGGGGAAAGUCCCCUGUCACCACUGCAACUACUACAGCCACUUCCCACGUGGUUGGAACAGCUACUCAGAGAGCCCAGACUACCCCUCCUGUCAGCAGCAGCAGCAACACUGCCGCCUCCACUGUAGCCUCCUCUGGGAACAGUGGCAUUGGGCAGCAUGUGUUGGGGGCUGCCUCUGUGGCCUUGGGCCAGACCUUAGCUGGCACAGUCGUGGGAUCCAUUGCUCCCAUCGGCCAGCCAGCAUUAGCACAGGUCCCCAGGCCAGCUCUAGCCCCCAGCCAUGCCAUCCAGCCAAGCUUACUGUCCCAGAGGCUGGUUCUUACAUCUCAGGCCCAGGCACGGUUGCCUAGUGGAGACGUGGUGAAGAUUGCCCAGUUGGCCAACAUUGCAGGCAGUCAGAAUCGUAUCUCCCAGCCAGAGACUCCUGUCACUUUGCAGUUUCAGGGAAACAAGUUCACUUUGUCCCCCAGCCAGCUCCGCCAGCUCACCACUGGACAACCCUUGCAGCUCCAAGGUACACUCGGCAACAUCCUGCAGAUUGUGUCAGCUCCAGGGCAGCAGAUCAUCAGGCCUCAGGGAUCCAUGGUAAUGCAAACAAUGCCACAGGCUGUCCCUGCCUCCAACGCCUCAUCUACACCUGGCACACCUCAUCCCGCUCUGUCAACAGCCCAACAAGCACUGGGUGUAACAACAAAUGCCACAUCAUCUCCCACCAAGCUCACUGCUGCAGCUCAUGCGGGCUCUCAGGAGUCUUCAGAAGAAAAGACUCAAAAGCUGAAGGAACGUUUGACCCGUCUGUUUGAGGCAAACGAGCGACGCUGUAGCCGCAGAGUGCUGUACGGUUCAGACCUGCUGCAGGCGUGCACUUUGAGCACAGAACCUGGUCACUCUGCCCUGACUGCUGGAGGCUGGAGGUGGGUGGGCAGAGAGAGCUGCCUCAGGGCCCAGAGAACCUGCGUGGCUACCACCUCUACACUGCAGUCCACUCUGCUCUCUGUGGAGGACCGCCUGGAGGCUGCCAACAGCCUUAUCAAGAGGCUGGUAUGUGUGGUGCCUCCAGCUGUAGCCCCACCUCCUCACCUGUAUGCAGCCAAUCCCCCAGUUCCCUACAGCCUUGAGCAGAAGUCCCUUCACUGUCGGCUACAGGAGGCCUCUGCCCCCCACAGUGCUGACAUCCACCACUUGGCUUCCAGGCGUCUCCUCUGUUUUUCUGACCUGCAGCUAAUGCAGAUGGACUCAGGUAAACUGGAAGCUCUUGCCAUUUUGCUACAGAAGCUUAGGUCAGAAAACCGCCGCGUCCUCAUCUUUACUCAGAUGGUGAAGAUGCUAGACAUCCUGGAGACCUUCCUAGACUACAGGCAGCUCAGUUAUGUGCGGGUCGAUGAAAGCUUCACCCCUGAUGAACGAGAGGAGAAUAUGAAGAAGUUUAACAGGAACAGGAAGGUGUUCUGCAGCAUCCUGACCAACCGCUGCUGCUCUGCUGUUGGGACGUUGUUUGAUGCAGACACCAUCAUCUUCUACGACACAGACCUCAAUCCCAGCAUGGACGCCCGCACCCAGGAGUGGUGUGACAAAAUAGGACGUUCCAAGGAUAUACACAUAUACAGGUUGGAGAGUGGGAACUCCAUUGAAGAGAAGCUACUGAAGAAUGGCACUAAGGACCUGAUCAGAGAGGUUGCUGCCCAGGGAACUGACUACACCUUGGCUUUCCUCACACAACGGACGAUCCAAGAUCUGUUUGAGGUGGAGGCAGGCUCGGGGGAGAAGGUGGAGGAGUUUGUGGUUCUUCACCAGGAGCCAUCUGCCUCUGAGGCCAUUUCUCCCAGAGUUGCUAGACCCUACAUCCAGGCUCUCCACAGCAUUAAUCUGGAUGCCCUGCCAGAGGAGGAAGAGCAAGAGCAACAGGACGAGGAGUUGGUAGGGAAGGAGUCAGCAGAGGACAACCAGGAGUCAGAGAGCCAAGCUAAAGAGGAGCCUGCUCAGAAAGAAGAGCUGAAUGCAGUCAUGGAACAGCUCACACCAAUUGAAAGGUAUGCCCUGCAUUACCUGGAGUACCUCCACAUCAGUGACAAUGAAACUGCUCUCAAGGAGCAGUUGGAGUGCUCUAAGAGAGGCUGGGAGCAGCAGCAGCUGCAGAAGCUGAAGGAGGAGGAGGAGGAGCGGCAGAUUAUGGAGGGAGAUGAAGAUCUCUUCACUUACACCAGAGAGGAUGCCUACAACAUGGAGUAUGUAUUUGAUGCCGAGGACGGCCACACAGAAAUCAUGCCGCUUUGGACUCCACCCACACCACCACAGGAUGACAAUGACAUUUAUAUCGACUCUGUGAUGAUGCUGAUGUAUGACACCACACCUAUGCCAGAGUCCAAGCUGCCUCCGAUCUACAUCCGCAAGGAGCACAAGAGACUCAAGAUGGACCCCUCAGCAGCCAGAAAGAAGAAGAAGGGCCAUGGGGAGACGGUCAUUCCUCCACGCUCACUUUUCGAAAAGGCCAGCAUGCUCAAAGUUCGCCGAGAGGGCAAGGACCAGAAAAAGAACUUCUCCCUCAAGCAGCAAGCGCCCUUUGCCAAACCCCUACCCUCGCUGGUUAAACCUGCCAUGGAGGCUGGCCAGGACAACCCCGAGUGGCUCAUCAGUGAGGACUGGGCUCUGCUUCAGGCUGUAAAGCAGCUGCUGGAGUUGCCUCUGAACCUGACAAUCGUGUCUCCUGCCCACACUCCUAACUGGGAUCUGGUGAGCGAUGUGGUGAACUCAUGCAGCCGCAUCUACCGAUCGCCCAAACAGUGUCGCAACCGCUAUGAGAAUGUCAUCAUUCCCAGAGAAGAGGGCAAGCUGGUGUAUGAGGCAAACCCCAAGAAGAAAACCAAGAGCAUAUACAAGUCUAAGAACAGCCGCCCUCUAAGGACCUGUCAGAUCUACACACAGGAUGACAAUGCCACUCACAUUCAGCUCUACAACAGCCGCUUUGAACUCAUGAAGAUCAUCGCUAGCAAGAGAAGUCCACCAAUCAAACCACUGCUUGGCAUGAAUCCAUUCCAGAAGAAUCCCAAACAUGCCUCGGUUUUGGCAGAAAGCGGGAUCAGCUAUGACAAGCCCCUGCCUCCCAUUCAGGUGGCAUCUCAACGUGCUGAAAGGAUUGCCAAGGAGAAAAAGGCCCUUGCAGAGCAGCAGAAGGCUCAGCAGUUGGCCCAGCAGCAGGCUGGAGCUCCCCAGGCCCAGGCUGCACCAGGCCAGGCCCAGACUCCCGCCGCUGGCCAAGCCCAGGCUCAGGUCCCUCAGGCUGCCACAGUGGCCGGAGCUGCUGCUGUGCCUAAUGCAGCUGUUCUGGCUGGAGCCAUAAAAAAUGCCACUGUGGGCACAACCAUCCAGGCUGCCACUGUAGGGGGGAAUGUGAUUGUGAACACAGUCGCUGGAGUUCCUCCAAGUCCCUUCCAGGCCAACAAACGCCUGGCAUCUCCAGUCAUACCAGGCACCCUGUCUCCUGCUAAUGCAGCUGGAGCCCAGGUUGUCCACGCACAACAGAGAGCUGUCACUGCCGCCGCUGCCCCUGCCGAGGUGGUCGCCAUAGCUACGGGUCAGGGUGUACGAGCCGUUACCCCAGUGACAGCAUCUGCAGUAGUUUCUACCACUCUAAGCCCAGUGCAGUCGCAGACUCGCUCACUAGUCACUCAAGUCACACCAGCCACAGGUAUGCAGCUGCCACAAGGAAAGCCUCUCACCCCGGCCCAUCUGCAGAUGCUCCGACAACAACAGCUACAACAGCACCAGCAGCAGCAGCAACAACAGCAACAGCAGGCUGCUUCCCCACAGAUCAAGGCUGUAGGCAAACCCCAGGAGUUGUUAAAGAUGCACAAGCAUAAGUUGCAGCUGCAGCAGCAACAGCAGCAGCAGCAGCAGGUAGCUGCAGCAGUGGCUGCAGCAGCAGCCCAGGGCCAACAGGCUGCAGGGGCCCAGCAAGCCACCCAGGUGCAGCCUGCACAGGCUGCCCAGGCCAAUCCCCAGCUAACAGCUGUGGCAGCACCCAGACCUGGAGCUGUGCUGACCGGCACCACUGUUGCCAACCUGCAGGUGGCCAGACUGACUCGAGUGCCUACUCAAGGUCAGAUUCAGGCACAGGCAGGACAAACGGCCCAGGUGACCCUCACCAAGCCUCCUGUGGUGCCAGCUGUUGUCUCAUCAGCUGGUGUCACUACACUGCCAGUCACUGUAGCAGGCAUUAGUGUGGCUAUCGGUCAGGCCCAGAAAACAGGUGGGCCUGUGCUGACGCCGUCCUUCCCCCAGAUGCAGGUCCAGCAGCUGCUUCAGAUGAAGAAGCAGCAGCAGGCGGCAGCAGUUCAGGCGGCGGCCGCAGCUCAGCAGAAGGCAGGGCAGCCACAGCAAGGACAGGCCACUGUGCAGCAGAAGAUUGGUACCCAGCAGGUUACAGUGCAAGCAGCCCAGGCAGCCCAGCAACCGCAGCAGAAGGUGACCUAUGCUACCACCACCCAACUCCAACCAGGCAUUAAGACCCAGUUCUUUACAACAUCUAUCGCCCAGGCUCAGAAACCCACUGGAGCCCAACAAAUCCAGGUGGCUAAGCUCCCGCAAAUAGUGCAGCAGCAACCCACUGUGGCUAAUAUUCAACAAAUCGUGUCUUCUCCUCAGCAGAUCCAGGCCCAGACUGUGACUCUGACCCAGGCAGCCACGUCCGCUCCUGCUCAGGUGCAGAUGAUUCCGGCUGGGACGGCGACGGCCCAGGUAGUCCAGCAGAAGAUCAUCCAGCAGCAGGUGGUGACUGCAGCCACGUCACCCCAGAUCCAGACGCCUCCUCCACACAGCCCCGCCCAGCAGCCUGCGGCGCCCUCCUCAGCCGAGUCCCCGGUGCAGCAGCCCGCUCAGUCCCAACAGACCACAAAGGGUCAAGCUCGCCAGGGUGGCAUCAGGGCCAAAACUCCUGCCAAGCCCAGCGGAGGAAGCAGCUAGGAGACAUACACUAAUGAAACUGAAUUCACCAGGUGUUUUCCUGCAGUACAGAUGUGACAGUACUGAAGCGUUUUUAUGGAUCCCACAGCAGCUAAUGCCGCACCAAGCCUUUACCUCACCCCAACCAUCUCUAACCUUAAACUGCUAACUGUGUUCAAAAUGAUCAUUUCAGAGCUCAUACCUUAAUAUUUUGGCACAGCACUGCUGCCCAUAACUCUGGUGGGAUCCAUAAUUUAGCUGUACUGAGUCAACAUUGUUACUUCUAUUCAUAAUUUUGUGUCAUAAAAUGUGGAAUGUGUCUUGACAUUACCACAACUAAAAAUUCCCCCCACAACUACUGCCCAGUGAAUCAAACAGAGACAACGCUCAUGCCUUCAAAUGAUGAUUAUAUUUCUGGAGAUAGCUGAGGCUUGUGGGUAACUCUGCAUUGAGAAUUGAGCUGUCCAUUAGAAUAAGUGUAUUCAUAAAUAGUCCCUUUUAUGUCUAAUUCCCUUGUUGUCUAUAGAUACUGAAUGGAGAAGAAUGCACGUUCCUUUAGUCAUUUGUUUUUUAUUGCAGCAAAUACACUGUAAACAUGUACUUUAGUAUUUUGUGUUUUCUCAUAAAUUGUCUUUUUUUAUUGAUGUCAAGGAAAAAAAAAAAUGUAAAUAUCAAUGAAAAACAUUUGUACUUGUAAAGUAGUCGUGUUUUCAUUGGGUUUUUUCAGCCUAAUUGUAAUAAAGUGUUUUGUUUUUAUACACAAAUUCAUCUUUUUUCCUUUCCUUUUUUUUCAUUAAAUCCGUUGUAAGUA